CGCCCCGCGCCGCCGCCGGGGCCCGGCACCGCCGCCGCCGCCACCGGGCCCCGCUCCGCCGCCGCCGCCGGGCGGCUGUGCCGUGACUGGCGCCCCAGCCCAGUGCCCUGCUGUGGGGGCAAGAGUGCCCCGAGCCCCCUCCACCAUGUUCAACCUGAUGAAGAAGGACAAAGAGAAGGAUGGGGCCCGGAAGGAGAAGAAGAAGGAGAAAAAGGAGCGAAUGUCAGCAGCUGAACUCAAGAGCCUAGAGGAGAUGAGCAUGCGCCGGGGCUUCUUCAACCUCAACCGUGCCUCCAAGCGGGACUCCAAGACCCGCCUGGAGAUCUCCAACCCCAUCCCCAUUAAAGUGGCCAGUGGCUCUGAGCUGCACCUCACGGAUAUUGACUCUGACAGCAACCGGGGCAGCGUCAUCUUGGACUCAGGCCACCUGAGCACGGCCAGCUCCAGCGACGACCUCAAGGCGGACGAUACCAACUUCAAGGGCUCGGUGCUGCAGCGGGCAGCCAAGUUUGGCUCCCUGGCCAAGCAGAACUCGCAGGUGAUUGUCAAACGCUUCUCCUUCUCCCAGAAAAGCCGGGAUGAGAGCACCUCAGAGACCUCCACGCCCUCUGAGCACUCGGCAGCCCCCUCUCCCCAGGUGGAGGUGCGCAUGCUGGAGACCCCGCUGGACAAGCAGGGGGUUCCCUCUGGACAGCCCUGCACCCCUCCUGCCGCCUCCCUGCGUGCCAGGGUGCCGGAGCUCGUGGGCAAGAGGUUCCCCGCCGAGCUGCGGCUGCCCGCCCUGGUGCCCCCCCAGCCCCCCAGCCCACGGCAGCUGGAGCUGCAGAGGCGCAACACCGGCGAUUUCGGCUUCUCCCUGCGCCGCACCACCAUGCUGGACCGGGGCCCCGACGGGCAGGUGUACCGGCGCGUGGUGCACUUCGCCGAGCCCGGGGCCGGCACCAAAGACUUGGCCUUGGGCUUGGUGCCGGGCGACCGGCUGGUGGAGAUCAACGGGCGGAACGUGGAGAACAAAUCCCGGGAUGAGAUCGUGGAGAUGAUCCGGCAGUCGGGGGAGACGGUGCAGCUGAAGGUGCAGCCCAUCCUGGAGCUGAGCGAGCUGAGCCGCUGCUGGCUGCGGGGCGGCCAGGGGACACGCCGCGCUGCCUGGGAUCUGGACCCCGCCGCCUCCGCCUCGGCACCCAGCCAGGUACUGUACCCCCGUCCUCAGGAGCCCUCUGCCUCCACCAGCGAGCCCCCGCCAUCCUCUGUGUGCCGCUGGGCUGGCGUCUGCGCCCGCGCCUCCUGCUGGAGCGGUCCAGCGGACGAUGCGCCGGCAGCUCCCCUCGGCCCCGUCCCUGCUGCAGCUCAGGCCAAGACGGAGGAGCAGAUAGCAGCCGAGGAGGCCUGGUACGAGACUGAGAAGGUGUGGCUGGUGCACAGGGAUGGCUUCUCCUUGGGCAGCCAGCUGCGGCCAGAGGCAGGCAGUCCCCUGCCCGAGGGCAAAGUGAAGGUGAAACUGGACCACGAUGGAGCCAUCCUGGAGGUGGAGGAGGAUGAUGUGGAGAAGGCAAACCCCCCAUCCUACGACCGCGUGGAGGACCUCGCCAGCCUCCUCUACCUCAACGAGUCCAGCACGCUGCACACGCUGCGCCAGCGCUACGGCGGCAACCUGCUGCACACCUACGCCGGGCCCGCCAUGGUCAUCAUCAACCCGCUGAGCUCCCCCUCCAUGUACUCUGAGAAGGUCAUGCACAUGUUCAAGGGGUGCCGCAGGGAGGACACGUCCCCGCACGUCUACGCGGUGGCGCAGGCCGCGUACCGCAGCAUGCUGAUGAGCCGCCAGGACCAGGCCAUCGUCCUGCUGGGCGCCAGCGGCAGCGGCAAAACCACCAACUGCCAGCACCUGGUGCAGUACCUCGCCACCAUCGCCGGCAGCACCGGCAAGGUCUUCUCUGUGGAGAAGUGGCAGGCUCUCUACACCAUCCUGGAGGCUUUUGGCAAUAGCAGCACCGGCAUGAACGGCAACGCCACCCGCUUCUCCCAGAUCAUCUCCCUGGACUUCGACCAGGCUGGGCAGGUGGCGUCUGCCUCUGUACAGACACUGCUGCUGGAGAAGCUGCGCGCGGCCCGGCACCCGGCCAACGAGGCCACCUUCAAUGUCUUCUACUACCUGCUGGCCUGCUCUGACAGCACCCUGCGGACUGAGCUUCACUUCAACCACCUGGCAGAGAACAAUGUCUUCGGCAUCGUGCCCCCCUCCAAGCCAGAGGAAAAGCAGAAGGCAGCCCAGCAGUUCAGCAAGCUCCUGACAGCCAUGAAGGUGAUGGGCAUCUCAGGAGAUGAGCAGAAAGCCUUCUGGCUCAUCCUGGGGGCCAUCUACCACCUGGGAGCCGCUGGGGCAACCAAAGACGCCGACGAAGCUGGGAGGAAGCAGUUUGCACGGCACGAGUGGGCUCAGAAAGCCGCGUACCUGCUGGGCUGCAGCCUGGAGGAGCUCUCCUCUGCCAUCUUCAAGCACCAGCCCAAGGGCACCCUGCAGCGCUCCACCUCCUUCCGGCAGGGCCCCGAUGAGUCUCCCCUGGGGGACAGUGGCACAGGUAGGGUGAGGUAUGGAGGGGACAGCGGGUGGCCCCAGGGGGUGCGGGGUUGGGGACACUCAGGCUUGCUUUGGCCAGGUCCCAAGCUGACGGCGCUGGAGUGCCUGGAGGGCAUGGCAGCUGGCUUGUACUCCGAGCUCUUCACACUCCUCAUCUCCCUCCUCAACAGGGCGCUGAAGUCCAGCCAGCACUCGGUGUGCUCCGUGACAGUGGUGGACACCCCUGGGGCACAGAACCCCAAGCUGGCGGGGCAAAGCCGGGGGGCCACGUUCGAGGAGCUCUGCCACAACUACGCCCAGGAGCGCCUGCAGCAGCUCUUCCACCAGCGCACCUUUGCCCGCGAGCUGGAGCGAUACAAGGAGGAGAACAUAGAGCUCGCCCUGGCUGAUGCUGAGCCCAGCUCCUCCGGCUCCAUAGCUGCUGUGGACCAGUCUUCACACCAGGCACUGGUCCGGUCUCUGGCCCGCACGGACGAGGCGCGGGGGCUGCUGUGGCUUCUGGAGGAGGAGGCUCUGCAGCCGGGCGGCAACGAGGACACCUUGCUGGAGAGGCUCUUCUCCUACUACGGCCCCCAGGAAGGGGGCAAAAAAGGGCACAACCCGCUGCUCCCCAGUGACAAACCCCGACACUUCCUCCUGGGACACAGCUCAGGGACCAACUGGGUGGAGUACGACGCUACGGGAUGGCUCAACUACGUCAAGCACAACCCGGCCUCCCAAAACGCCUCAGUCCUGCUGCAGGAGUCCCAAAAGAAGGUGAUCAGCAGCCUGUUUGCCGGGCGCGGCGGCUCGGCGCUGGUGCUGUCGGGCUCGGUGGCGGGGCUGGAGGGGGGCUCCCAGCUGGCCCUGCGCCGGGCCACCAGCAUGCGCAAGACCUUCACCACCGGCGUGGCUGCCGUCAAGAAGAAAUCCCUCUGCAUCCAGAUCAAGCUGCAAGUGGACGCCCUCAUCGACAGCAUCAAGAAGUCCAAGCUGCACUUUGUGCACUGCUUCCUGCCCAAGGCGGGGGGCAGCGGGGACCCCCAGGCGGUGCCGUGCCGGCGGGUGAGCGGCAGCGAGCUGGAGCUGCCGGCGGAGCACUGCGAGGCCGGGCUGAUGCAGCUGGACGUGCCCCUCCUGCGCGCGCAGCUCCGCGGCUCCCGCCUGCUCGACGCCCUCCGCAUGUACCGCCAAGGCUACCCUGACCACAUGGUGUUUGCGGAGUUCAGGCGGCGCUUUGAUGUCCUGGCCCCACACCUGACCAAAAAGCAUGGGCGCAACUACAUCGUGGUGGAUGAGAAGCGGGCAGUGGAGGAGCUCCUGGAAUCACUGGACCUGGAGAAGAGCAGCUACCACAUGGGCUUGAGCCGGGUGUUUUUCCGAGCUGGAUCUCUGGCCAGGCUGGAGGAGCAGCGGGACACGCAGACCAGCAGGAACAUCACCCUUUUCCAGGCGGCGUGCAGGGGCUUCCUGGCACGGCAGCACUUCAAGAAGAGAAAGAUCCAGGAUUUGGCCAUCCGGUGCGUGCAGAAGAACAUCAAGAAGAACAAAGGGGUGAAGGAUUGGCCCUGGUGGAAGCUCUUCACCACGGUGCGGCCCCUCAUCGAGGUGCAGCUCACUGAGGACCAGAUCCGCGGCAAAGACGAAGAGAUCCAGCAGCUGAAGAGCAAACUUGAGAAGGUGGAGAAGGAGCGUAACGAGCUGCGGCUCAACAGCGACCGCCUGGAGAGCAGGAUCACAGAACUGACAUCGGAGCUGACGGACGAGCGCAACACCGGCGAGUCGGCCUCCCAGCUGCUGGACGCUGAGACAGCCGAGAGGCUGCGCGCUGAGAAGGAGAUGAAGGACCUGCAGGCCAAGUACGAUGCCCUGAAGAAGCAGAUGGAGUCGAUGGAGAUGGAGGUGAUGGAGGCUCGGCUCAUCCGGGCGGCCGAGCUCAAUGGGGAGCUCGAUGAUGAUGAUUCAGGUGGCGAGUGGCGGCUGAAAUACGAGCGAGCAGUGCGGGAGAUCGACUUCACCAAGAAACGGCUGCAGCAGGAGCUGGAGGACAAGCUGGAGGUGGAGCAGCAGGGCAAGAGGCAGCUGGAGCGCAAGCUGGCGGAUCUGCAGGCGGACAGCGAGGAGAGCCAGCGGGCGCUGCAGCAGCUGAAGAAGAAGUGCCAGCGCCUGGCUGCCGAGCUGCAGGACACCAAGCUGCACCUUGAGGGACAGCAGGGACGAAACCAUGACCUGGAGAAGAAGCAACGGAGGUUUGACAGCGAGCUCUCGCAGGCGCAUGAGGAGGCGCAGCGGGAACGGCUGCAGCGGGAGAAGCUGAGCCGAGAGAAGGAUGUGCUGGUGGCCGAGGUCUUUGGCCUCAAGCAGCUGCUGGAGGACAGGGACUCGGACAUCGCAGGGCUGACACAGAAGGUGGAGGCGCUGGAGGCAGAGCUGCAGGACAUCUCCUCCCAGGAGUCAAAGGAUGAAGCCUCCCUGGCCAAGGUGAAGAAGCAGCUGAGGGACCUGGAGGCGAAGGUCAAAGACCAGGAGGAGGAACUGGAUGAGCAGGCUGGGACCAUCCAGAUGCUGGAGCAGGCGAAGCUGCGGCUGGAGAUGGAGAUGGAGCGGCUGCGGCAGACCCACGCCAAGGAGGUGGAGAGCCGUGACGAGGAGGUGGAGGAGAUCCGGCAGUCCUGCCAGAAGAAGCUGAAGCAGAUGGAGGUGCAGCUGGAGGAGGAGUAUGAGGACAAGCAGAAGGUGCUGAGAGAGAAGCGGGAGCUGGAGAGCAAGUUAUCUGCUGUCAGCGAGCAGGCCAACCAGCGGGACUUUGAGACGGAAAAGCGCCUGCGCCGGGACCUGAAGAGAACAAAGGCGCUGCUGGCUGAUGCUCAGAUCAUGCUGGACCACCUGAAAAACAACGCACCCAGCAAGAGGGAGAUCACCCAGCUCAAGAAUCAGCUGGAAGAGUCGGAGUUCACCUGUGCAGCCGCUGUCAAGGCCCGCAAAUCCAUGGAAGUGGAGAUUGAGGACCUCCACCUGCAGAUUGAUGACCUUGCCAAGGCCAAGGCAGUGCUGGAGGAGCAGCUGAGCCGUCUGCAGCGGGAAAAGAAUGAAGUGCAGAGCCGGCUGGAGGAGGACCAGGAGGACAUGAAUGAGCUGAUGAAGAAGCACAAGGCAGCUGUGGCCCAGGCAUCCCGGGACCUGGCGCAGAUGAAUGACCUCCAGGCACAGCUGGAGGAGGUCAGCAAGGAGAAGCAGGAGCUGCAGGAGAAGCUGCAAGGUCUGCAGAGCCAGCUGGAGUUCCUGGAGCAAUCCAUGGUGGACAAGUCGCUGGUGAGCCGGCAGGAGGCCAAAAUCCGUGAGCUGGAGACCAGGCUGGAGUUCGAGAGGACACAAGUCAAGCGCCUGGAGAGCCUGGCCACGCGGCUGAAGGAGAACAUGGAGAAGCUGACGGAGGAGCGGGAUCAGCGCGCGGCCGCCGAGAACCGGGAGAAGGAGCAGAACAAGCGGCUGCAGCGGCAGCUCCGUGAUGUCAAGGAGGAGAUGGGCGAGCUGGCCAAGAAGGAGGCAGAAGCCAGCCGCAAGAAGCACGAGCUGGAGAUGGACCUGGAGAGCCUGGAAGCUGCCAACCAGAGCCUGCAGUCAGACCUGAAGCUGGCCUUCAAGCGCAUCGGGGACCUGCAGGCGGCCAUCGAGGAUGAGAUGGAGAGUGACAGCAAUGAGGACCUCAUCAACAGUUUGCAGGACAUGGUGGCAAAGUAUCAGAAAAGAAAGAGUAAAAUCGACGGUGACUCAGAUGUGGACUCGGAGCUGGAGGAGCGUGUGGAUGGGGUGAAGUCUUGGCUCUCCAAGAACAAAGGCUCCUCCAAAGCGCUCUCUGAUGAUGGCAGCCUGAAAGGCAGCAGCCCCACGAGCUCCCGGCACACCUUCACCUACGACAGAUGGGACGAUGAGCAGGACGCCGGGGACAGCACACGUCGCUCCUCCCGCAGCUCCCCCAGUGCCAGCGAGGCGGAGAGCCGGGCUGCCGAGACCCCCGCCUAGCCCCCCGCCGCCCCGGGGCCGCCCGGGCAGCCGGUAUUUCUUCUGCACGGGUUUUGGGGGGACACACGCAGCCGCCCCCCGGCUCCAGCCACGGGAGGAGCAGCCCGGCCGGCUCGCUGGCUGCACCCCCCGCCCUCCCACCUCCUGUCUGUCCUUGGCGGCGGAGUCGGCUGCUCCGGCACCCGGGAUUUGUUCCUCAGUGCCUGCUGGCACCUUGUUUUGUAACUUAAACUCCCCCCCUCGGCACCCUGCCGUCCUCUUACACCCCUUUUAGUUGAGCCAAAGACGUCUCUCGCUGGCCGGGCCCUGGGGAGCAGCCGGGAAGGGGACAUGGGGAGAGGGUCCCGUGUGCCCACCUGGGUUUUUGUGACCCCUCCCCAGCCCCCCACCUCUGCCUGGCUGUUUUGCACUAGCCCAGCUGUGCAUCUUCCCCCACCCCCUUUACUUUCAGUAUGAAAAUAAACGUCAUUUCUGGCUGGUGA